UCCAUGUCUCCUCAAAGAGAGAGAGAGAGAGAGAGAGAGGUGGUUUUUGGGCCACAUGGCUUGGUUGUCAGUGAGAGUGUGUACUGCAACAGACAGACACACAGAGAGCCAAAGUGUGGUCGUGUACCUAAGAACUUCAAGCUUGACCAUCGGAAGACAGACAAAUUGACUGAACCGGAUUAUAUUGGAUUAUUACAUGAUAUCACAUACUGGGAUUGAGAAUUUAUACUGUACUGUACCGUCCAAGUGAAGAAAAGCUCUGACAGAGACUGAAAGUGUCCUCAAAAGAGGAAAAGGUUGGCCGGCUCUUUUGAAUUCAGCAGUUGGAUGUAAAUACUGGAUUUUAUGAAUAUCCAGCAUUCAAAGACUCAAGAAAUACAUUUAUUAUGUGUCAAUCUUGUAAGGAUUCAAAUAUAUAUCAGAGGACUGAAGAAAUAUAUAUGGACACAAGAAAUAUAUGGACUCAGGAAGAUAUUCUGCCUACACAAGAGUGUGUCCUUAUGAUGUGUAUGCACAGUGGACCAAGCUUCUCUAUACAUGUGUGAUCCAGAGAGUUUCACCCACGAGGGACGGCUGCGUUUUGACGUGUUUUCUUUGUGACAUACCGUGAGUCACCGACACAUAAAUAGAGACCCAGAAAAUACCCAGAGUCCCUAGCGUCCCGGCACAAACAGCAGAGCGAGAAGCAACCACGCAUGCUCACGCACAAACACACCAGGUUCACGAGUCGAUACAUUCAAGACUUGCUUUGUGUUGUCACGUUUUCCACUUCAUCCUACUCCAGUAUUGGACAGACACCCCCUUACCCCACGACCUCUGAACCCUGACUCCUGACUAUGAACCCUCAGGGGGGUCAGUACCUCAACAAGACGGCGGUCUUCUCCUCGCUUGGCGCCGCCCGCCUCUCCCAGCUGGCCCUGGGCUGCUCGGUGGUUGCCAUGGUGAGCCACAGUGCGGGCUACAGCGGUGGGUCGUACGGCGUGUUCUGCAUGGCGGUGUGGUGCGCGUGCUUCGGCAUGACGACUGUGAUGUUCUUCCUGGACGCCACCCGUCUCCACGCCUGUCUGCCCAUCUCCUGGGAUAACCUGACGGUGGCAUUCGCCGCCCUGGCGACCCUCAUGUAUGUGACAGCCUCGGUGGUUUACCCAGUCUACUUUGUCAGAGCGGAGUGCCCCUACGCAGGCUGUGAGGUCCGGAACUUCCGCAUCGCCGUCACUGUCUGCUCCAUCGCCGGCUCCCUGGCCUACGGCGCCGAGGUGAUCCUCUCACGGGCCAAACCAGGCCGGGUCGUGGGCUACAUGGCAACCGUCUCCGGCCUCCUCAAGGUCGUCCAGGGCUUCGUGGCGUGCAUUAUCUUCGGAGCGCUGGCGAACGGGACCGAGUAUUCUCGUCACGUAGCGACGAUUUACUGCGUGGUCGUCUACGCCGUCUGCUUCGCCAUGACGACCGUCGUGGUUAUAUUGACCGUGUCCGGUCGCACCGGGUGUUUGAAGUUACCGUUCGACCGGUUUGUUGUUGUUUACACGCUCUUGGCGGUUCUUCUCUACCUCAGCGCCUCCGUCGUCUGGCCCGUGUUCUGCUUCGACAGGAAGUACGGAUCGCCAGAGCGCCCGUCGUCAUGCCCGCGGGGCCGGUGUCCGUGGGAUAGUAAGGUGGUCGUGGCGGUGUUUAGCUUCGUCAACCUGGCGCUGUACGUCGCCGACCUGGUGUACUCACAACGGAUACGUUUCGUAACCCAGCAACCACGGGUGUAGAACAGAACGGAACGGAACGAAGCGGAACCAAAUGAUACGGAACAGAAUAGAAUGGGAUAAAACUUUAUUGUACACCCAGAAGUGAACAUUCACACAAAGACAAUAUGCUUUGUCUUCCACCACCAACCACUGGUGAGGACUAGAAUAGGAGAGUAGGUAGAGCUAACUGUUGAGUCAAAGAGUAAGCGACAUCGACUUUUCAUCAAUCAAUCAAUCAAUCAAAUGUAUUUAUAGAGCCAUUUUUACAUCAGCAGAUGUCACAAAGUGCUGUACAGAAACUCAGCCUAAAACCCCAAACAGCAAGCAAUGCAGAUGUAGAAGCACGGUGGCUAGGAAAAACUCCCUAGAAAGGCAGGAACCUAGGAAGAAACCUAGAGAGGAACCAGGCUCUGAGGUGUGGCCAGUCCUCUUCUGGCUGUACCGGGUGGAGAUUAUAACAGUGCAAGGCCAUUAAGGCUUUUGAUUGAGUGUACAUCACCUACUUGUAUGAAUGUGUCACCCUCUUUUAAUGAAGGGCUUAUAUCUCACAACCAUGUAACCAUUGAGAUAUAAAGUAUUCUUAUUCAGUCUUUAUGCACAUAACAGCCAGCUAACCCUGCUACGACACCCCAUUAGGGUGACACUCAGUAACUGACCCCUCUCACACCACUCUAGAUAUGAUGGGGGAUGGAUGACAUCACUAAACAUGACAUCACUGACUAACACAAUCCCUCUCCUCUCCUUGUCCCAUCCUCUGACUAGCCUGACACACUCUACCAGACCACAUCAUUGGCAUCUCUAGCUAAAUCCCUAUUAUGCUGGCCUCCUCCCCAACUCCCUGCCCCUCCAGCCCAGACUACCACCACACCCUGGGGUGGAAGUUGGGAGAGAGGAGCUCUACUUCU